CUUUGCAAACCAGAAUUGUACACAGACGAUUCCAUCGGCGCUGCGCGCAGUGAAAAUAUUCUAGCUCCGCUCCCGAUGCCGUGUUGAUAGCAGAAUUUCCGUGUUUGUGUGCCUGUGUGGCUGCUUUGAAUAACGCUGUUUACAGGUUACAUGCACCUACCUGGACACAGUGAAACUGCGGGGAAUCACCAUCUCUGUGUGCAACGUAAACGUAUCGGUGCAUCCACAUCCGUGUCCAUCGUCGGUAGUAAUACUGCACUAGGGCCGAUACAGUGUCGAUCUCCAGGGUGUUAAAUUGCUGUAACAAAAAUUUACUUGUGAAAUAGUGUGUUUCCGGAUGUGCUGUACGUUUGGUGCAAAAGGCGCCUACUAAGAAAGCAAGCGGUCGUCCGACGUGGCCCAUGGAAAGAAUGAAUGAAUGAAAAACUUUCAUGUGUUUCGUGUGGUGGCGUGAUCGGGGGUUUGUGUGGAAGUUGAAAGAUGCUGCCAUGUGAAGAAGGUUAACCCGUACAGUUCCAAGGUUGGAUAAUAAUAACCAGCGUAAUAAUAAUCCUAAAUUUUGACCCCCCAUCAAGAGUGAAAUCGAGGGAUAGAGAGAGAGAGAGAGAGAGAGAGAGGAGGGUGGAGUAAGUGCACUAUAGUCAAGCAAAAGUGAAGUGUUGGGAAACCUACCUUACGUAAGGGUGUGUAGUAAGUCAAUAGUGCAGUGGAAAAAGUGCAAUAUUGGAUAGCGGCAACCAAUAGUAUCAUCCGCUGGAGAAUCGCCCCAUUUCGUCAACGUUCGCGGUUCGCGGGGAUUAGCUGCACUAGCCGCGGAAAAGGGGGUGAUUCAUUUGUGGUCGCGCGGCUCCCAGUUCACACGCCUCAGAAUGUCGUUCGUCAGCGGUACGACCGACACCGAGGCGGCACAAAAGUUUCUCGAGGUGCUGCAGAACGAUUUUCGCAAUCUUUCGCUGGAGACGAAGAAGAAGUUUCCCCAGAUCAAAGAGUCAUGCGAGGAAGCAAUCCUGAAGCUGAAAUCGGCCGGAGCGAAUCCACAAACACCGGUGUACUAUGUGGUGAACCAGAUACUCUAUCCGCUGGUGCAGGGCUGCGAGUCCAAGGAUCUCAAGAUAAUCAAAUUCUGUCUCGGGAUGAUGCAGCGCCUCAUCACACAACAGGUGGUGGAUCAGAAAGGGGCCCGCUACAUCACCGACACGCUGUGGAUGCUGAUGGAGAACGGCACCGAAGAGGUGAAGGUGCUGCAGAGUGUCACACUGCUGCUCACCACCAACACGGUCGUGCAUGGCGAGACGCUCGCAAAAACGCUGGUCCUGUGUUUCCGGCUUCACUUCACCAAGGACUCGACAACGAUCAACACGGCCGGGGCGACCGUACGGCAGCUCGUUUCGCUCGUGUUCGAGCGUGUGGUCGCCGAGGAGGCGGAAGCGGACGCGAAUCAAGACGAGCGGCGGGAGGUGAACCUGGAAGAGUUGAAGCUGGCAACGGGCGUCGCUCCGAAGGGGUUGCUGCCGUGCGCGGCAGAUGCGUUUCUGCUGUUCCAGGAUUUGGUGCAGCUCGUCAACGCGGACCAACCGUACUGGUUGCUGGGCAUGACGGAGAUGACCCGAACGUUCGGGCUGGAGCUGUUGGAGUCCGUGCUUACGCAGUACACGUCGGUGUUUUACCGAAACCCGGAGUUUAGCUUUCUGCUGAAGGAGCGCGUCUGUGCGCUGGUAAUAAAACUGUUUUCACCCAACAUCAAGUAUCGCACGAUCGCUCCGCAGGCCGGGGUCGGCGGGGCGGGAGUGCAACCGGGCGGAGGUGCCCCGCACGAUAAGCCGUACUUCCCGAUCAGCAUGCGGCUGCUGCGGGUCGUUUCCAUCCUGAUCCAAAAGUAUCACAGUCUGCUGGUGACGGAGUGUGAAAUCUUCCUGUCGCUCAUCGUGAAGUUCCUGGACCCGGACAAGCCGGCCUGGCAGCGGUCGCUAGCGCUGGAAGUGCUGCACAAGAUGACCAUCCAGCCGGAGCUGCUCAUUUCGUUCUGCCGGUGCUACGAUCUGAAGGAUCAUGCAACGAACAUCUUCCAGGACAUCAUCAAUUCGCUCGGAACGUACGUGCAGAGUUUGUUCAUCAAUCCGCAGCUGCUCAGCGCGUCGAGUGGAACUGGCGGUGUUGGGGCAGGUGGCAAUGCUGGCAGUGGGGGUGGUGGUGGAAGUGGCGGCGGGGUCGGAGGAUCAUCUGGACAGCAGUCGCAGCUGAUGGGCGGAAUGCCGGUGGGCCCGGGGAUCUCGCCGCAGCCGGGGUUCAUUUUUCGUGGCGUGUUCCUACCGCUGGUAGUGACAUUCCCGAGCGGACAGUCGAAGUCCACGUUCCUGGAGAUGUUGGACAAGAUGGAACCGCCGCCCAUCCCGGACGGGUACGGGAUAUCGGUAGCGUACGCCUGUCUGCUCGACAUUGUGCGCUCGAUUUCCCUGUCCAUACAGGGCCCGUCCCAGAUUGGGGAGGAAAAUCCGGCCCCCUAUAUGCAGCGCGUCAGCGAGGCGGACAAGGCACUCCACAUUCAGCUGAUACACUCGAGCUGGCUGGGAUUACUGACGGCGCUGGGUCCGCUGAUUGAUGCCGCGACGGACGAAUCCUCGACCGAGAGCGUGCUGAAGGCGAUCCAGAACUAUGCGGCACUGUGCGGGCUGCUGGAGCUGCACACGCCGCGGGACGCCUUCAUUACGGCGCUGUGUCGUGCCUCGCUACCACCGCACUACGCGCUGUCGGUGCUGAACGUGAACUAUCAGGGCAACGCGUUCAAAUCCCACAUGCGUCUCGGUAGCCAGGACAUGACGGCAGCGGGCAUGGCCUUUCACGGAGGAGGUACGUACGCGGACAUCGAUCAGCAGCAGCAGCAACGGCACCCAGUGGUGGCCGUUGGCACGCCGCUCCCAACGUCCUCACUACCCGUCGGUGCCCACCAGGGGCCGGUACUGCUGACCGCCAAAAACCUGCAGUGCAUGCGGUCCGUGCUGCAUCUGGCGCACUGCCACGGUAGCAUUCUCGGCAGCUCGUGGCACAUCGUGCUGACCACGCUGCAGCAUCUAGCGUGGAUCCUGGGACUGAAGCCAUCCACCGGCGGAAGUCUGCAGGCCGUCCAGAAGCCUCCGACCGACGCGAACUCCAUCACCCAGGUCAUGACGGACCUGCCGGUUCUGUCGACGAUGCUGAGCCAGCUGUUCGAGUCGAGCCAGUACCUGGACGACGUCGCACUGCACCAUCUCAUCGACGCACUGUGCAAACUUUCGCACGAAGCAAUGGAGCUGGCGUACAACAAUCGCGAACCGUCGCUGUUUGCGGUGGCCAAGCUGCUCGAAACCGGGCUCGUAAAUUUGUCACGCAUUGAGGUGCUGUGGCGCCCGCUGACCAACCACCUGCUGGAAAUCUGCCACCAUCCGCACAUUCGCAUGCGCGAGUGGGGCGUCGAAGCGAUAACGUAUCUGGUGAAGGCGGCCCUGCAAUACAAGUACGAGCGACCGUUGAAGGAAAACUUAAAGCUGCAAACCCUGCUGCUAGGGCCGCUGUCCGAGCUGUCCUCGGUGCCGCACGGUGACGUGCGGCAGCGUCAGCUGGAUUGUGUGCUGCUCGUCCUGAACGGGGCAGGCGAGACGCUGUCGCACGGUUGGCCGCUUGUGCUCGGUAUCAUCGGCGCUGUCAGCGACCAUCACGGCGAGUCUUUGAUCCGGAUCGCGUUCCAGUGCCUGCAGCUAGUUGUAACCGAUUUCCUCCCCGUCAUGCCCUGGCGUUGCUUGCCGCUGUGCGUUAAUACGGCGGCCAAGUUUGGUUCACAAACGCAGGAACUCAAUAUUUCGCUGACUGCGGUCGGGUUGAUGUGGAAUAUUUCAGAUUACUUCAACCAGAAUCAGGAAAAACUAUCGCAAACCGUUUGCGACGAUAUGUCGGUGCUGCCGGAUUUUCCGGGAACGUUGAACAUGCCCCACUUCGACCGUUUGUGGAUGUGCUUGUACGCGCGGCUGGGAGAUCUGUGUGUGGAUCCCCGUCCGGCGGUUAGAAAAUCCGCUGGCCAAACACUUUUUUCCACCAUUUCCGCCCACGGCGCACUGUUAAAUCCGCCUACCUGGCAGGCUGUGCUGUGGCAGGUGUUGUUCCCGCUGCUGGAUAAGGUGCGGGCCCUCUCUAGCUGUGCCAGCAACGAGAAGGUGGACACGAGUGGUAACAUUCUGAUUCACCAUUCGCGUAACACGGCCCAAAAGCAGUGGGCCGAAACUCAAGUCCUCACGCUGUCCGGCGUGUCAAGGGUAUUUAACACCAAACGGGCGCUGUUGCAGAUGUUGGGCGAUUUUCCCCGCGCUUGGGCGCUUCUGCUGGAGUUUAUCGAAAAUUCGGCCCUCAGCAAAAGCAACGAAGUGUCGCUAGCGGCUUUGAAAUCAUUCCAGGAAAUUCUCUACAACCGUCCCACGGCGGCUCCAUCCUCUGCAACGGGUCCAGCUGCCCCGUCGGGCGGUGCAGAUGAAACGAAUGCGGUGCGAACAACGCCUGCGGCCGCCGCCGAAGCCGACAUUUGGAACGUUGCGUGGCGCGUGUGGUUGAAUAUCGGUGCCGAAAGUACGAAACCCCCCACGCUCGGUGACCUGUCGGAUAAGGGCAACGCCGGUGCCAGUACCGCCGGGCCCGGCACUGAGGACCUGUACAUCCCCAGUCAAGCAUUUUUGACUGCGCUCGUACACAUCUUUCCCGCACUGUUCCAGCACAUUCGGGCACGUUUCAAUAGCAAGGAUCUGACGCAACUGUGCGCGGUGCUAAUGAAUGCUGUCGCCGUGCCAGUGCACAGUGACUCGACGCCUUACAUUAUGUCCACUAUUUCGGAUUCCCUGCUGACGCCAUUACACGACGGCGUGCUCGACUGUAUGGAAUUGCUGCAGAAGGAAGCGAUCCAGGCUGGGAGCGGAAUUGGGGGCAGCGGGAUAAAAAAUAUGAUAUCGGCCAUUUUUAAGCAAUUGUUAAGUUUCAGCAAGUUUGCCUGUGCUCCCCCGAGCUUCGACCGCAUCGAAACAAGACCACUGAAAUCAUCGCGUAGUGGGAGCGGUGCGGGCACAAACACGGGUAGCAAUAGCUCCGGCGGGCUCAUUCACCCCGUUUCGUCCACAUCGAACGCAAACGGUGUGGAGUGGGUCAGCAUGAACUACAUUCCGUUCGGCGAGAAAGCACUCACCGUGGCGGUGAAGCUUUACCAACAGACGGCCAACGAUAUGGCCGUGAUAGAGGGACAGAUACUGCACGAAAUUAUCAAAGCACUGCAUCUUCCACUGUCGCUAAAGUACAAGUGCAUGUCGUCGAGCACUUGGAAGCUGGCUAUCUCUAGCUUGAUCAGCGUGCUGCAUACAGGGCUGCCGGUUGCGCGUAAACACCCGAAGCAUUUUGCCUCGAUGUGGAAAGAUUUGGCCGACACACUGGACCAGUUUUUGUUUACAAAGAGCAUUUGCAUCGUUGAGGAUCGCGGUCUCGAUGAGCUGAUCCUGGACGAAACGAUCGACUGCCAGGUGAUCGAACUGAUACGCGACGAAAUUCUCCCAUACAGCCAAGAGAUUCCGCAACAAUUCAUCCUGGACGCGGUGGUGAUCCUGAACAAGGGUUCCAUCCAUUCGGCAACCACCGGCAGCACACCGUUCGCUGGCUGCGAGACAGAACUGAAACUGCGCGAAGAGUUUGCAAAGACCUGCUUCGAAACGUUGCUUCAGUUUUCGCUGCUGGACGAUCGUGUCGGCACGGCAGCCGCCGGUGCGGUCGACGAAAAGGAAACCAAUCUGGCAAACAACAACGCCACACUGUGCGAUGGCCAGGGCGGUAAAACGACCGAGGGUGGUAUUGCGGGACAGUUAGCAAUAACGGCCCUGUUGCAUCGGUUCGAGGAAGUGCUCAGAAAGUUUAACGAAGACGAACGGUUGAGUGGCAAGUUUCCUUUACCAAGGUAUCGCUUGUCGGAAAUAUCGUUCGUACUAAAAGCCGUCGCUACUCUUGUGAUAUCCAUGAAGAAAGCACCACCCGCCAAAGUGGGUACUACCGCCUGGGAGCAAUUGAUCAGCCUGUACCCCUACCUGGUGGACUGUACGACCACGAGUUCGGCGGAGGUAUCUCGUUCGCUGCGUGAGGCACUGUUGCAGUACUGUGAUUUGUUACGACCUCCGUGCACGGCAACCGGUGCCGAUGCAAACGGGCAUCCCCGCGCAGGCCAACAAGGCAACGCCCUUGCUACUAAUAAUAAUGACAUAGUGAACACAAACGGUAUCAGCCACUGUUAGCUGAUGUCCAACACCUCGUCCAGUUUCUUCUUCCUCGUAUGGUACGAUUCUGGUUUGUUGAUGAAGUUACUGGUCUAGGUCGACAUGUUCUUCGCAUCGUACAGCGACUGACUAUCGCUAGACAGGAAAUUAGCAAAUGAAUGAUGGUAUUUGCUUUAUUAUCACAAGUGGGAUCGCCAAAAAUUACUAAGCGAGUGACACCUUUGUCAAACGAUGCAGCGAGAACUUUGGAGCAAAAAAAAGAAGUUCACACAAAAAUUAAAGCAUAAAUAUGUUUCAAAGAAGCAGAACUAUAUAGUGGGAAAGGAAUGCACUUAUAAAACAGUUAUCUAUCUUUGUUAGCAUUAGCGCAAUCCGUUCAUACAAUUUAUGUGCAAAUUUCCAUACAUUUUGUUUAUAUAGUGAAGAGCUGCUACAAAGGGCUUCUCUGCUAAUGCGUUUGACAUGCAUUUGAAGCAAAUUCAUUACUCUGCCCGUUUCAUCAUGGUUUAAAUUGUACUAAGUAGCUCGUUAUUGUAUUAGAAUUUACCCAUGAAAAGUCGUUACGCCAGCGUUCUAUCGUGAAAGUAGGAGAAAAGGUUUAGCUUCGGCAACAGUGCAUCCGGUGCAACUCCAUUCACGAUACCACUAUCCAUUUUCCCCAUUACAGGCAGCAGUUGCUAGACAAGUAUUUUUCCCUACCUUAAUACCAAUGCAGAAUAUAAUUUUCUUCAAGUAGCGUAGCAAAGGUUCCUCGUAGUGUUUCUGAUUAAUUCCUUCGUCCGUUAGCGCUCACAUGUUGCACGUUUCUCUUCUACGAAAACAAUAUUCAUAAUACGCCAUAAAAACUUAGUAUGAAACCACCACCUCUUUCGCAAAUGCAAUUUCCAAUCGCAUUUUUCCAACGUUCCUUGUUCCGUGUUCCAGUUAGCACUAUUAGCAUAUUAGCAGCAUUUAUACGUUUAUUCCAGCUGCGUAGUACGAGUUAAAGUGAAAUAGAUUAAAACAUCAUCUUAGCCACUGCAUGGUUGGUCAACGUUUGCUAUUGGAUUACAAUGUGAGUUGAAUUCGUUCGCUAUAUAUGUUUUGUUUUAAUCAGAUUUUUUUUUUCAACACAACAUUUAACUCAUAAGAAACAUUGUACGAACUUACGCAAACUGUGCAAAACUCUAGAGGGAAACUAAAGAAAAGGAUACGGUAGGGGGUUGCAAAAUCUGAUAUCCUUGCCUUGACCUAAUUCCUAUUAUUUGACCCGCACUUAAGUAGUUCAUAACGAAACAAACACAAAAAUAAAGCAAACAAAUCUUAAAUGGUUGUGUUAUAUGAAGUGAAUAAAGGUUUAAAAUAGAA